AUUUAGCCAAAAAGCUAGGAGGCUUCCUAUUGGUUAGUUUGGGUGCUAUGCAAAUGAGCAAGUUCCUACGUCAGAUCCUGUACUUGAGCGCCAUUUUUUUUCCGUAACGGCGAAGAAAGGGGACAAAAAGCAGUGGCAAAAAAUUAGUUAAUGUCCUCGCCAUCCGCUCGCUAACGACGCUUUGACUUUCCGCUGUUGUCGCGCGAACUCGCGGGAUGCGGCUCGUCUGAGUGCGACGACGGCGGACGACGAAUACGGACACGAAUCGGCUCGGCUGGCGGGAGGACGAGUAGAGGAAGUGGGACGAACGACGUGCUGCGAGAGGACCCGAAUUCGAUCACGGUGCCCGGAGCAGUAACAGAGAAGAUAGACGGAGAGACUUGAAGUUCUACCGUAUUCUGAGAGACCCGAAGAGGAGAGCGAGAUGGACUGAUCACCACAGACUAUGUAGUAGUCAUUUUAUAUCUGGACGUUAGCGAGAAUGUACCAACUUCCGGUGACCAAUUUGGACAGAGUCCGCAAGGCUCGCAAAGCGGUGAAGAACGUGUUGAGCGACAUCGGGCUGGAAGACUGCCAGAAUCUCCUUAAGGAACUUGACGGCAAAAAUGCGGAAAACGAGGCUGAGAAAGACGAUGAGGAGGGCGAUCCCUUAAUGGGCACCGAGUGGACGGACUUUAUUGAUGGAUACAAUGGACGCCUACGCAAGAAGUGGCCCUACCGCUCUCGCACCAUGUGCUGUGUCAUGUGCAAGUACUCUUCCAAGAACAUCUACCACUACCGCAGCCACGUGGCGCGUUGCCACGAGUACCUGCAGCGUCUGUGCUCGCUGACUUCCUGCCAACGUUGCUACUUCGUGGCGCACCCGCGCGCCGUCAAGAAGCACAUCCUGCUCUUCCACGGGGGGCGUUUGUUCGACCCGGGGGCCGCGCCCCCCGCCAACUUACCGCCGCUGGCUCCGGCGCCCCCGCUCUCGGUCGCCGCCGUCCUACACGGAAUGGAGCGCUACCGGUGCAAAAAGUGUUCCUUCCCGUCGCAGUCGGUCUUCACCAUCAAGAAGCACAUCAUCCUCAAGCACAUGGAGGGCGUGGCCGAACAUUACGUGGGCUUCCGGCACCCCAUAGCGGGCUCCAACGCCAAGUUGUACUACUGUAAAGUCUGCGACCUCAACGCGGGAAAUCUGGACCAGAUGCUGCACCACUUGCUGGUGGACCCCAAGCACUACACUAUCAGCACGCAGGUGCAGGCAAUGAUCUACGACAACAGGAACAAGCCCACUCCUGCCCCCAGGAGCGCACCCGUGACCAAUGGCAACGGACUCUUUGUCACCUUGCCCAACCUGGCGCCCAAGCAAAUGAACAGCAAGCCCUUCAUGGUGACCGGCAACGGGCAGCCAGGCGGCGGCACGGUGGUGGCGUUACAGCAACUUCAAAGCGCGACCAACAAGGCCGCCUUGAUCUGCGGCCCCGGGAGCAACCAGAGCUUUUUGCCCCCGCAGGCGUCGGCCUUGGUCCAGCUGGCCAGCGCCGAGGCCAAGGGUUUACUCCAGCCAGGCGCCACCAUAUCCCUACGCGGAUCCCCGGUGGCGCCGUACCCCAGCGUCAAGCCGCCCCCGCCGGCGGCGGCCUCGCCUCAAGCGCAGCAGAUCCUGAUUCCGCAGAUCAGAGCCGCCGCCCCCGCGCAGGUUCCGCCGCCCAACCAGAUGACGCUCCAAGGCACCAUGCUGACCUCGCAGUCCCUCCUGAGCCACCUCAUCCCCACUGGCAACCGCGUCAACGGCAUGCCCACGUACACCUUUGCGCCCCUCCAGAUGGUCCCCGCCACGCAGAGCUCCGGCAAAGCCCCCGAGCAGACGGCCGCCCAGGCCAAGAAGUGGAUCACUUGCCCCCUCUGCAAUGAACUUUUCCCUUCCAACGUCUUCGACGUGCACGUGGAGGUUGCCCACCAGACCAAGUGUACCCCCCACCGCGCCGAGUGCCUGGCGGGCAGGGCGGCCUUCCUCAAGAAGCUGCCCGACAAGACCAUCAAGUGCCUGACGUGCAAGGCGCUGCUGUCGGAGAAAAGCGUCCUGCAGCACCUGCUCCACGGCCUCAGCUGCCUCUACUGCUCCAUCUUGUUCUUCUCCGUCAAGCAGCUCGCCGAGCACGUCAAGAAGCACGACCCCGCUGGCAAGCUCUACUGCGAUUUCUUGCGUCAGAACUACAAGAUUUACACCAAGAGCGGCUCCGGGAUCAUCUUCCCCUACUUCGACGUCACCGCCGAGGCGCCCCAGGAGAUCUUGGGCGAAUGCGAGGUCAACUUGGCGCUGGUCACCAGCUCCCUGGAGCUCAUCUACGUCAACCUGCGGCCCAGCGCUCGGAGCGAAGUCUGUCCGCCGCCCGUCAAUAGCCAUGCCUCCUGCUGCACCUUCUGUGAUGAGAAGUUCCCGGAGGAGUCCAAGUACCUGCAGCACUUGAAGCAGAAACACCUGGUGGCGCCUACCAUCCACGCCAUCCUCAAGACAGACGCCUUCAAAUGCAUUUACUGCAACGGGGUCUACACGGGGAAAGUGACGCAGCAGGCCGUCAUGCUGCACAUGCAACGCUGCCGCUCUUCGCCCAAGCCCCCGCAGGCUCCCAAAAUGGUCGCCCCACCAGUUCCUCAGUUGGCCAAAGCUGCUGCAGCAACUCCGCAUUCAUCAGGGCUGGUGUUCCUCCAGAUGCCACGAGGGGUGACGUUGAAAACGUCGCAAGCCAAGUUGCUGCCGAAUCCCAAGUCGCCGCCGCAGAGCAAAGAGCAACUGGAGUCCACCAGGAGGCUGGAGGCUGCCCUGAAGCAGGUCAUCGAGUUCAACAAAAAGGAACGCGAGCAAAAAGCGGCCGUGCGCAAGGAGAGAAAAGAGCUCCCGGAAGCGCCCGAAAUCCAGGCCAACCCUGACGUCAAGCUAGCGCUAGAACCGACGGGGCAGGACCGCCGCAAGUACGAGGACCGACGCGACUUCAUCGCCCGCUACUUCAACGUGAAGCCCUACCUGGGCCGAGCCGAGACGCUGGAGCUCUGCCGCCGCCUGUCGCUCACCAAGUCGGAGGUGACGGCGCUCUUCAGCAAGAAGCGUACGCGCUGCAUGAAGAGCUUCAAGACCAGCAACGCCGCCGUGCUCUUGGGCUUCGACAUGGCGCGACUGGCGCAAGUGCAACACCCGAUGGAGGUGCCCGAGCAGAGGCCCGUCGAUACCAGGGAAGGGGAGGGGCAGGCCGACGACUCUGAGCAGGAGGACCAACCGGAAGAACUACCGGAGAUACCGGCGACGACGCCUGAACCGCAAGCGGCGGAUGACAAAACAACAGCUGAGGUGCAAAUGGAGCAAAAUAACUGAGACUCCCUACAGAUGUCAGAAACGUGUGCCAAAGCACUACUAUAAUAUUUUGUCAUUAGCGUUAGCUUAUCACGAGCAGUUCAGCUAUAUUCAGCACCAUCGACGGUGAUAAGACACGCGACUGGCGUUACUAAUAGAUUAAUCGCAAAUUGUUAGACAUAAUUUACAGGUAAGUGAAUCCAUUAAUUAAUUGCUAAAUUAUUCAAGAGAUUAAUCUGCCAAUGAGAAUGUGUCAGUCCAAUUUUGAUUGGCAACAUUAGAAUCUAGUCAGAAAUAAAGAUUAAUUUCAAAUUUAUGAGAAAAAUGAUUGAAAAUAUUGUUCUGAACCAGCUAACCGCCAUUGAGCGUGUCAGUCCUAUUGACUGUGAUAGACGUCUAAUCCGUUUUGGCAGCAUUAAAAUCCGUCGGACAUUUUUUUUUCUUGACAGGUUAAUCUCUUGAAUCCAAUUAAUUGCAAAAUUAUUCAACAGAUUAAAACAAUGAAGGUUCACUGUGAUUAUGACAGGGUAAACAGCGACGUCGUUGUUGUAGUUCUUUGGUCUUCCGCUAGAGGUGGCCAUUUCUCCCAUUGGUGAGGUGACGAAAUACUUCUUCCUUGUUACGCUUCUCACGCUUCCUUUUUUCCUUUUAUAUAUAUAAAUAUGUACAAAUUUUUGUUUUUCACUAGACUGAUAAUAUUACUAAGUUAAAUGUUUUUUAUCAACUUCCAGACCUAAGUUGUCUCUUUGUAGUUUGGGGAAAAAAAAAACGUACAGGUCCAAAGUAUCUGCGUAUACACUAUGUUUAUGUUCUGAUCACACGAAAGCUGCUGUUUAUUUUUGUGCUCUUAUUUUUUACUUUGGUGGGUGUUGCAAGUGUUACCCCAACCCACUAAUUGCUCCGCUACCUUUCACAGCCCCCUUACAGUGUUCUACCAAAAUAAAAGUGGUUUCAUAUCCUGUU